UCAAUGAGUGAUUGACUUUUUCUUUAUUCAUAUAAGGUACAUAUCUAUGAUACAUUACAAUAUAUGUAGUUUACUUCCAUUUUUCCUUUUUUAAUGACCCUCUUAUUUUUUUUAAUAUAUGACUCAUUCAAUACUUACAUUACAAUAAUUAUAUAGAAAAAGUCAUCUACACUUAUUAAUUAACUUUCUCAAUAACAAUCUGGUUAUUUGAGAAUUGCUAGGUUGAUUAUUAAAUGGCGACGUAUACAUCACUUGAUAAUAUUAAUUUCAAAAUUUCUAUCGAUCGGUUUCAUAUAAUUCUAUGAUAUGAAAGUAAUUUUUAUAUGUAUAUAAGAAACCCUAUGUAUACGCACAUAGAUUAAAUUCUAGGUGUAAUAAUAUAUUAGUUAUAUACAUAUAUAUAUCACGACCAUCAUCGAUCAGUACUUAUUACUAAGUUUUCUAAGCUAUUUUAUACGUACUAAGAAAUCCAAAUAUAUUUAUUAUAUAAGCUAGACAGAGAAAUUAAGUUUGUUGCAGUUAAAUUAGUUUAUAUAUAUAAUCAAAUAAUUAAUGGGGAGUAACGGAUCGAAAUAUCAUAGGAGUACUGGCGGUGGUGGUGGUGGUAAUUAUGAUCGUCAACAUAGUCGUCAGUAUGAGCCUAAUUCACCAAGCUUCCACAGCAACACCACCAUGGCGGCCACCUCUAAUUCUAGUUCGUCUCUAUCUUCAUCACGUAGUCUUAAUAAUCCUUUUCUUAAUGAUCAUGAUCAAUAUCAUCAAAACAUACGUAGAGUACUACCAACGCGCUCAUCAGAGAAUUACUCAAAAAUUGGUGACAACUACAAUUCUCUUGAAGAGGUGGCUGAAGCACUUCAGCAAGCUGGGUUGGAGUCUUCAAAUCUGAUAGUUGGGAUUGAUUUCACAAAGAGCAACGAGUGGACUGGAGCAAGGUGUUUCGGGAGAAAGAACUUGCAUUUUCUUGGACAAGACCUUAAUCCUUAUGAACAAGCCAUCUCAAUCAUUGGCAGGACACUCUCCACAUUCGACGAGGACAACCUUAUUCCUUGUUACGGCUUUGGUGAUUCAUCGACUCAUGAUAAAGAUGUUUUUAGCUUCUUUCCUGAAGAUAAGCCAUGCCGUGGCUUUGAGGAAUUGCUCUCUCGUUACAGAGAAUUAGUUCCUCGGAUAAAUUUAUCUGGGCCGACAUCCUUUGCUCCGAUCAUUGAGAAUGCUAUUAGUAUUGUGGAUAGCAAAGGUGGUCAAUAUCAUGUUCUUGUGAUCAUUGCUGAUGGCCAGGUGACAAGAAGCGUAGACACAGGGAAGGACAAAUUCAGUCCUCAAGAACAGAAAACAGUGGAUGCAAUUGUAAAAGCAAGUGAAUAUCCACUGUCAAUAAUUCUGGUUGGCGUAGGUGAUGGACCAUGGGAUUUGAUGCAAAAGUUUGAUGACUUCAUUCCAUCUCGGGCUUUCGAUAAUUGCCAGUUCGUGAAUUUCACGAAAAUAAUGGUGAAAGACAUCCCCAUAUCUUAUAAGGAAACAGAAUUUGCUCUGGAAGCAUUGAUGGAAAUACCAUCUCAGUAUAAAGCAACUAUGGAGCUCCAACUUCUUGGGCGUAGUAGAGGAAGAGGAAGUAGUGAACCGAGGAGGGUUCCCCUGGCUCCUCCGAUUAGGAGGGUUCCCCUGGCUCCUCCGAUUAAUUAUAACAUCCCAGCACCUUCUUCUUCUCCUAACAAUGAAUUCAUGAUGAGAUCAAGCAGCAUGAACAUGAAGCAACAACAAAGAGCCACUGCUUUUCAGUUUUCUCGCUCCUCUUCGGCCAUUUUUUCACAAUACAACAUGGGUUCUCAUCCUCUGUGUGUUGUCUGCAAUAACCACUUGGUGUUUGACUAUGAAGAAGACUUGGUGUAUUGUCCUGCAUGUCGUGCCCGCAUGUACAAAUAAUCCUCAUCAAGAUAAACUAAAUUACGCUUUUAAUUUGUACAUUUAAAUUGCACACUGUAAUCUUAAUCAUGCAUGCACUUAAAUAUGAUGUGUUUCGAUAGAUUAAUAAUAAAUUUAAAAGUAUGUUUUAAUAUAGCAAUGUUCGAUUAUACUAUAAUUUAGAUGUAUAAACAAUUUUAAUAAGAAUGCAAAAUAAAAGGGAUUGAAACCUCAUGUAGUACCGUAUGGCCUUGGUCUUGCUAUAGUAUUGGCUCGUUGGCUCAUUAUUUGGUGGUCGUGGUGCUCUCUCUUGGGGUUGGGGGAGGGAUUGCUGGUAAAAGUUUGUGUGUGUCCAGCAUUGUGUUUAUUAGCGUUUGAGAGAGGAAGUUGGGUAGCUUGAUGUAUUAUUGCGGGGGCUUGGUUGGACAGGAUGGAGAGCUGCAAGACCCAACACUUUGGUUUUCAUCUUAGAUUUGUGAGUUUGUUGCUUUUGAAUUUAGUUUUUAUUUUGUUUGUUGGCCAUCAAGGUAAGGGAACCCGUGCUUCAGUAUAUUAGUUACUUAACUUUGUUGCCGCUUACUUGCCCAUUUAAGAAAUAAUUUACUCUACAAUCCAUUAUACAGUAUUAGACAAUAGACACCAAUUUAGUGGGAUGAUGUGUUGCUAUAUUUUUAAACACUACGCAAGUAUACGCAAUCAAGUAGUAAAUCUCACACAGGUGAGGUCGAUCCCACAGGGAAUUGGAUUAAGUACCACUAAAUUAUACUUAUGAUUCUAUUCGGUAAAUCAAAAGCAAUUAUGAAUUAAAAGCAGUAAAAUAUGAAAGAAAAUUCAGAAAACUUAAUAACACACUUUAAAGUUGAGCAAGAUGAGGCAAUAGGGAAAUUUAGUUCAGAAACAAAUCCAUAACCAUUCCUAUAGCAAUAUUCAACAUAAAUAAAUUAAAGAGGAAUAAAGAAAAGAACUGUUUGAGGGUGAAUUCUGGAUCUUCACUUGAAUCUCUACGCUCUUCCUGCCGCUCUCAGCUGUGUUUUAGGGUUCCAAAUCGCUCUCUGACUUCCAAUCGCA